UCACUUCACCUUUUUCUCUCCAUUCGUAUUGAUCGUUCGCGAAUAAUAUCCCCAUUACUCGUCUCCGAUCUCCUCUCCCCUCUCUCGCUCUCUGUCUGUGGUCUCUAUUCCGAUCAUCGACGGCGUUGGAAGCGGCGAUGACGUAGAAGACGGCGGAGAUCGGCCGAUUUCGGAGAUAAAGGGAAGAGGAAAAGUUUCCUUUAUCAGAUAUGGCGGCUUCUCAGCAUGUUGAAUUGGAGGCAGCCAAAUUUUUACAGAAGCUUAUUCAAGAUUCAAAGGAUGAGCCUUCGAAAUUAGCAACAAAGCUUUAUGUGAUAUGCCAGCACAUGAGAAUGAGUGGAAAGGAACAUUCUUUGCCUUACCAAGUUAUAUCAAGGGCAAUGGAGACUGUUAUUAGUCAGCAUGGUAUUGAUAUGGAUGCUUUGAGGUCUUCUCGUCUCCCUUCAGCUAGUGGCCCUCCUAUGGGGGACAAUGAUAAUCAGUUGCCUAUAGGUGGGAGUGAUAUGCCUCAAAGUGGUAUGCCUGCAGGAACAUGGCAAGCUGCCUCUAGCAGUCAUACAACAGGAGAAGCUUACGCUGGUCCUUUUCAGGCUUUUGGAAUGCUAAAUGAUUCGAAAGGAUUGGUAGGUACAACAGAUAUGGGUAGACAUAACAUGCAUAUUCCUAACAUGUCACGUGUUGGAGUAGGUAGGAUGGACAGCAUGGCAGUUGAUGUUCAUCAAGGAUCUGUUUCUCAGAGAAGUAGCAAAUCAUCCGAUCAUGAAAGUCCAGCUAGCGUGCCAAUGGAGGAUACCAGAUCUGCAAACUCACAGGAUAGACAGGACAGUGUCAAAUCAGAUAACCAAAUGAACAAAAAAGAAAAUAAAAAGACUGCUGCUAAGAGAAAAAGGGCCGACUCUAAGGGGACAACAGACAUGCACUCUCAGCAAUCAGAUGCUCAGAGUACAGGAAGCAACUCAAGGAAAGGGAAAUAUACAACCAAAGGUGGUGUGCAAGGUCAGAUGGCCAUUAGGGGCGUUGAUCAAUCACAACUGAAUCCUUCUCAACAUUCUGGUCAUUUGGAAAAUUUGUCCCCAUUAUCUAGUGGUGCUGGACAAAUACUUAGAGUCAAUCAAGAAAGCCAUCAAAGUCUAUUUUCAGUAACUCCUAAUUCAAAGCUUCCAGAAGAAGGGGAGGUGUCGUCUGGACACAGUAUGUUUGGAUUACAAAAAGGAGGGAUGCUGCCAGCAAAAUCCAAUAUGAUGGGUUCUACUUACGUAUGGAAUCAGAAUAAGUUCUCUAUGCCGUUAGGGAAUUCUCAGAGUUCUGCUGGCAUUGUGGAUUCACUUUCGACUGUCAGCAAUACAUAUCCUACAGAUGAAUCAAAAAACAUGUCGCAUGGGACACCAAAUGAGAGUUCCCCCUCUAUCAGUUUACCUGCAUAUUCACAUAGUGUUGGGAGAGCUAAUACAGGCAAUGUUUUCAAUUCGUUUCCCAUGGCAAAGAUGGGUUUUUCUGUCCCAGCUUAUUAUAAUAGUACUUCACUUGAAAGUCGUGAUAUUGCAAAGUUGGGAAACAAUUUUGGAACUUCUGGUUCACAGUUACUGGACAAAAGAAAGGACAUGGUUGCUGCCAAUGCUGGGUCUGAGUUCCCUCCUCUUUCUUCCGGUAAAGCUCCAUCAGAUCCUGAAAAAGGUCCACAAGCACAGGGAAGUGGAAUUCAAGAGAGACCGAAAAUGGGUAGCAUUCCAGCGGAAUCCCUUAGGGGGAUGACUUCUAAAGAAGUUGGAGGGAGUCUGGUGUCUCAGGCUUCUGCUUCUCCGAGGAUGCCUUUUAAGGAACAUCAUCUGAAGCAGCUUAGGGCUCAGUGUCUUGUAUUUCUAGCAUUCAGAAACAAUUUGAUGCCUAGGAAAUUGCAUCUUGAAAUUGCUCUAGGAGGUAACUAUCCAAAAGACGAUGGAACAAACAGUAGCAGAGAGGAACCUGGUAUCAACCAAGAGAGCUCUGGCAUGUUUGGUACGGUAACUGAUAUUGGGGAAACAGACUUAUCAUCAAAGGAUACUGACAAUGCCAAGGAACAGAGUAUUCAAGCUUCAAAUAUGGACAGGUCCAUAAUUGCAGAAGAAAAGACACACCUUCAAGCUUUAAAACAUAAAGUUGGUCCUGAGAUAAGACCUCAUGGAACAUCAGUAUCAUGUGAUACAACCUCAGUUACGCAUCAUGGGUCUAGCUCCCUAGUGCUUGGCAGGCAUGGUUCCUCCGACAGUCAUUUCGGAAAUAAGCUUCCUAAUAUUGAGAGGAAAAUUAUUAGUGGAACCAGAAUUUCUGACAUUCCAUCUGGAGAAUUACCGGCAGAAAGAGUGGAAACUUAUUCUAACCAGUCUCAUAGCCAACAGGGCAAUGCUUUUGCUGGAAAGCCACUUAAGCCAGAUACUCCAAUCUCAGAAGCUAACCCGAACACUGACAUAUACCAUAUGUCAGUAAAAGAGCAGAAUACUCAAAUUGCAGGAAAAGAAAGUGGCAUUAUCAAGCGGACAGUGAACCCUUCAAAGAGCAUGAACAUGUUCGGUAAUGUUUCUCCAUCGGAGAAGCUUCCAGCAGCUUCAGAUUUGGUUUUAUCUAAUAAUGCUUCUGAUAAUUAUCCUGGAAAUGUUGGGAUAAGUAAUCAGAGGGCUUCUGGCAAUCAAAAACAUGAUAUUCAGCAGAAUUAUAGUUCAGAUUUCAAGAUGAUGACUGUAAACAAUUCACUGAGACAUGGGAAUAUGGGUGUGAUGCUGGAGAAAUCUAUUGAAUAUGAUGAUGGAGGUAAAUCAGAACCCAAUGAUUUACCUGCACCUCCUCCAAAGUACACUACCUCAGAAAAAUGGAUUAUGGAUCAGCAAAAAAGGAAACUAGCUGAUGAGCAGAAGUGGGCAGUGAAACAGAGAAAGGCAGAGGAGAGAAUUACAGCAUCUUUCAACAAGUUAAAGGAAAAUGUGAACUCAUCAGAAGACAUUUCUGCUAAGACAAAAAGCGUUAUUGAAUUGAAAAAGCUUCAACUCUUACAACUUCAACGCCGCUUACGCAGUGAUUUUCUCAAUGACUUUUUCAAGCCUAUCACAUCUAAUAUGGAACGUCUGAAAUCAAUAAAGAAGCAUAAACAUGGAAGGAGAACGAAGCAACUUGAAAGAUUUGAGCAGAAAAUGAAAGAAGAGAGGCAAAAGCGUAUACGCGAGCGACAGAAAGAAUUCUUUGGUGAAAUUGACGUGCACAGGGAAAAACUUGAGGACUUCUUCAAGGGUAAGAGAGAGCGUUGGAAGGGUCUCAAUAGAUAUGUUAAGGAGUUCCAUAAGAGGAAGGAACGGACACAUCGUGAAAAGAUUGACAGGAUUCAACGUGAGAAGAUUAACCUGUUAAAAGCCAAUGAUGUGGAAGGAUAUUUGAGAAUGGUUCAGGAUGCCAAAUCAGACCGUGUCAGGCAGCUCCUCAAGGAGACUGAAAAGUAUCUACAGAAGCUAAGUACGAAGUUACAGGAGGCUAAGGCCAUUUCGAGGGAAGUGGAUGAAAGAGCAGUUAAUUUUGUCGAGAAGAAUGAUUUUACAUUUGAAAAUGAAGAUGAAAAUGAUCAGGCUGAGCAUUAUCUGGAAAGCAACGAAAAGUACUACAUGAUGGCACAUAGCAUAAAAGAAAGUAUUGACGAGCAGCCAAAUUCUCUGGAGGGUGGAAAAUUGCGAGAGUACCAAAUGAAUGGUUUGCGUUGGUUGGUUUCCUUGUACAAUAACCACUUGAAUGGUAUUCUUGCAGAUGAAAUGGGUCUCGGUAAAACAGUUCAAGUGAUUUCUUUAAUUUGUUAUCUUAUGGAAACAAAGAAUGACAGGGGUCCUUUUCUGGUGGUAGUUCCAUCCUCUGUUCUCUCUGGCUGGGAAUCUGAACUUACGUUCUGGGCCCCUGGUAUAAAUAAGAUUGCAUAUGCAGGCCCUCCUGAGGAGAGACGCAGGCUGUUCAAAGAAAGGAUUGUGCAGCAGAAAUUUAAUGUUCUCCUGACAACGUAUGAAUACUUGAUGAACAAACAUGAUAGACCGAAGCUGAGCAAAAUCAAUUGGCAUUACAUAAUAAUUGACGAGGGCCACCGCAUAAAGAAUGCAUCUUGUAAAUUAAAUGCAGACUUAAAGCUAUAUCAAAGUUCUCACCGCUUGCUUUUGACAGGCACACCUCUACAGAACAACCUGGAAGAGCUGUGGGCGCUUCUUAAUUUCUUAUUACCUAAUAUUUUCAAUUCGUCAGAGGAUUUUUCCCAGUGGUUCAACAAGCCAUUUGAAAGUAACGUGGACAAUUCAGCAGAUGAAGCUCUAUUAUCCGAGGAAGAGAAUCUUUUGAUUAUAAACCGUCUUCACCAAGUCCUUCGACCUUUCGUACUUCGUAGGCUAAAACACAAGGUUGAAAAUGAAUUGCCUGAAAAAAUUGAAAGGCUUGUGAGAUGUGAAGCCUCUGCAUAUCAGAAACUUCUAAUGAAGAGGGUGGAAGAGAAUCUUGGGUCAAUUGGAAAUACAAAGGGUCGUUCUGUGCACAACACAGUGAUGGAGUUACGUAAUAUAUGCAAUCAUCCGUAUCUCAGUCAACUUCAUGCUGAAAUGGUUGAUGGUCUGUUACCAAGACAUUAUCUGCCUUCCCUUGUGAGACUCUGUGGAAAGCUAGAAAUGCUGGACCGUUUAUUGCCCAAGCUCAAAGCAACUGAUCAUCGGGUCCUGUUUUUCUCGACAAUGACCAGAUUGCUUGAUGUGAUGGAGGAAUACCUUUCAUGGAAACAGUACAAGUACCUUCGUUUGGAUGGACACACUUCUGGAAAUGAUCGAGGUGCCCUCAUUGAACAAUUCAACCGUCCAGACUCACAAUACUUCAUAUUUCUUUUAAGUAUUCGAGCUGGUGGUGUUGGUGUAAAUCUUCAAGCAGCUGAUACUGUCAUCAUAUUUGAUACUGAUUGGAACCCUCAGGUUGACCUGCAAGCACAGGCAAGGGCCCACAGGAUUGGCCAAAAGAAGGAUGUGCUUGUUCUGCGGUUAGAGACAGUCCGGACUGUUGAAGAGCAAGUUAGAGCUGCAGCUGAGCAUAAACUUGGGGUUGCUAAUCAAAGUAUAACUGCAGGCUUUUUUGACAAUAAUACAAGUGCUGAAGAUCGAAGGGAAUAUUUGGAAUCUCUCCUUAGGGAAUGCAAGAAAGAAGAAGCAGCACCUGUUUUAGAUGAUGAUGCUCUAAAUUAUCUCCUAGCCCGUAGUGAGCCUGAGAUUGACAUCUUCGAAUCAGUUGACAAGGAAAGACGUGACAAAGAGAUGGAAGCAUGGCAAAAAUUGGUUCAAGGGGAAAAACGUGGAGUUAUAGAGCCCUUACCAAUGCCUUCACGUCUUGUGACAGAGGAAGACUUGAAGCCUUUGUAUAAUGCUAUGAUGGCAUAUGAAGCAUCUAAUGUAGGAGUGAAGCGUAAAGGAGAGGCCAAUUCCCUCGAUACACAGCAUUAUGGAAGGGGUAAACGCGCUCGAGAGGUCCGCUCUUAUAAUGACCAAUGGACGGAAGAAGAAUUUGAAAAGAUGUGUCAGGCUGAUGAUGCCUUCGAAUUACCUCAGCCACUAGAUGCACCAAAAAGUUCAUCUUUGACGAAAGAUCCAAGUGAUGUCAAGUUUAGUGAUAUGGCAACUCCAGCCCCAUCCAUAGACCCAAUACCAUUAGCUAACGACACCAAAGUUCCUUCUGAAGAAAAACUUCCGCAACUCAAAGAGACACCUCCAACAAAACGAGGGAGAGGAAGGCCAAAGAGGGUAGCUGUAGAAGUCUCUCCAGCAGCAAUUUCUCCUUUAUCAGCUGCUACCGCAGUGCCUCCUACUGCUGAUAAGAUUGAAACAGGACCACAAAAAGAAACUGUUUCCAUUAUUCCAAAUGCUGCUUCCGUGUCUGUAGGUAACAGUCCUGCUACCACUAAGGGAACCAUUGUGAAUGCCCAACAUGAAAUUGCUGUUGGACCUUCUAUUACCUCCCCUGGCACCUAUGCUCCCCCUCGAACCCGUGGCCGUAAGGCUAAUACUGGAGAAAAACCUCGAGGUAGAACAAGAAAGCAAAAAGCUCUAACAUCAUCGGCUUUGAGUGCUGAAGUAAAUAUUUCCACCGGAAGUCAGAAUGGAUUGGGUUUAGCAUCGGAAAACCUUGCAGUUGCUUCUGUUACCCCUGAUAAGCCAAUUGUUGGUAAAGCAGUUUCGGGUUUGCAAAAUGUUGUUGAUUUGGGUUCCGUCAGAGCGUCAGGUCCUCAACCACUGGAGACUUCAAAACAAAAUUUACCUACUGUAGCUGCGGGUAUCAAGCAAGUUCAAAAGGAAAUCCCAGAAUCAGCUUCCAGUGGGGCCAAAUUAGAGGCAUCUUCGAGUAGUGCGAAGGAGAACAUUAUUGUGUCCGCUGCACUUACUUCAGGUGUAGUUCCACAUGAUCUACAAGAAAAGAAAACACAUGUUCAAUACCAAGAUGGUGCAGCUGGUAGUCAAAAGCCCAGUAUCGACAUUAAUUCCUGUGAGAUGCAGAAGCCAGGUGGUAUACCACAUGCUCAGCUUGUCAGAUCUUCUGAAUCAAUCACACCUCAGGAACAUGAUAAAAUUAUUAAAGCACCGGAAUUAACAAAUGAGAAAAUGAUUGAGACAGUACCGAUUGCAAUCACCACUGGUCAUGUACAGUGCUCCCCGGCAAAUGAUGGCAAUGCAAUACCUGUUGUGAUCAAAAGGGAGUCUGAUAAUAGAGCUUCAGUUACCAGAAAAAAGGCAGCUGCCCGUGAACCAAAGAACCGUAGCAGUUCGAAGCAGGCAGAAGGUUCAAAGAGGAGGGAGACUAGACGAAGAACCAAGGAAAUUGCUUUAGCAAGCGAACAGGUGAGUGGAGCUCCUUUGACUGUAGGGGCUGUUAUUUCUGAGCCUGAUCAUAACUUGAAAGAGAAGGUACCCAGUGUUCAGGUCAGUACAAAUUUGAAGCAGAGUAGCCAGGAAACUCCAGUUUUACAUAGUACAACAACACUGAGUAAGACAGAGGCAGGUUCUGAUUUACAAGUGAUUGAUACUCAAAGAAAGGUGGUUUCUGAUGACGAGGAAAAAGCUGCACUAGACCAUUCUUGUUCAGGUAUUCCAACUACUCGGUCCGACUCUGAGGCUUUGGUUUCUACAAGUGACGAGUUAUCUACAGAAAAAUAUCAGAGCACCGUUGGAAGCAGUGAAUUGCCACCGGCUUUUGAAAAUCCUAAGAUUCUGGUCACUGAUGAACCCUCUUUAAGUACUAUACAGGAAGAGUCAUCUAGAACGAAAACUCAAUCAACCAUUGGAGGCAAACCAACUUGUUCAACGGAGUUGUCUGGUGGACCUGCUAUGAGUAAUGCUUGUGAAGAUGGAACUUGCCAAGAACCUAUUUUGAAGCAAGAUGGUAAUAGUAAUUCAGCAGCUGCAGGAGUUUCUAUAAAGCAAGAUGAUAAUUGCGGUGCUUCAACUAGCACAGGAGUAUCAAUAAAGCGAGAUGAUAAUAUAAAAACAACUGGUGGUGAAGUGUCUGUAGCCAGUUCUCUGGCUUUUAGUGUCACUGAUAGAGUGUCAGAGAAAUUAGAGGAAGUUGAUAAGAUUUCUGAUGAAGAUCCAAUGGAAACUGAAAUAGUCGAGAAAAGUCCCAUUCCCACCUGCCAGAAUACUGACCAUCUUAAUGACAUUAUGGAAUGUAAUAAAUCUAAAUCAUCUGAUAUUCAAGUUAAUAACAGCAAUAUGGAUAAUAUUCAGGAAGCUUCUCUUGAAACUAGAAAGAUAGCAGGAAGCUCUGAUUCAGUUAAGUUAUUGGAUGUUUCAGCUACCACCAGCCUUCCAGAAAAUGUCUGUGAAGCUUCUGACAAGCGUAGUGAUAGAGUUUGUAAUGUGGAUCGAGUUUGUAAAUCUUCACUUGUGACCAUGGAGGUUGCUGAAGGUCGAACUGAGACUGGUCAUCCUGAUGCUCCAAGUUUACCUGGUUUUACAUCAAAGAAAGAUGAUGAUUCUUUUGUGAGGACUUCCAAUGAAGGUGCAACUUCUUCUCAUCUGAACCAGGUCGCCUCUUCAAAGAUGACCAUGGAUCUGGAUAAGAGUACAUCUAGUGCCUCCACCAAUUCGGAUAAGAAGAUUGAGGGACAAGUGGUUGAAGAGCCAAUGAGAGAUAGUAAUGUUCCUGGAACUGCUGAAUGCAUUGUUGCACUAUCCAAUUCAGGACCUGUUGCUGUAGCUGGUCAAGAACUGCAGCAAGUUGAAACUGAUAAAGCAGAAGGCAGCGUCGAUAAUAGCUGUAGUAGAGAAGUAAAUGAUUUGCAAUGUCAAGCUUCAUCAGAUAAAGCAGAGGAUGCUGCUUCUAAUAGCAGCAGUGAAGAGGUGGAAGAUUCAAAAUCUCAAGCUCUAGCUGAUAAAGUAGAGGAUGCCGGUCCUAUGAUAAGUAGUAACACAAAUGAUUCAGAGCAGCCUUCGUUAGACGACGCACUUGACCACACCAAUGAGGAUGAUAUGCAAGCUAGUCAGAGUGAGAUUGCAGAAACUAAAGAAUCAAAUCCAGCAAAGGACUCGAUCAGCCACAGUAAUAAGGCUGAUGUGCAGCUGGGCUCUGGUAAGAACAAUGACACAAAAAAAUCCAAGUUGCAGUCUUCAUCAAAGGGGACUACUAACAACAAUGACAUUACUGAAAUGAAGGCAGGCCAGGGUGAGAAUACUGAAUCCCAAGAACCAAAGUUGCUGGCUUCGUCAGAGGUAACCAUUGGCAACACUAGCAAGACUGAUGAGCAAGCAGGCAAUGGGGAAAAUGUAGAAACUAAUGAAUCGAAGUCUGAGGCUUCACCGGUGGAGACUAUCAGCCACAAUGACAUGAAUAAUACGGAGGUAAGCCCAGGUGAGCAAAGCAGAUCUCAAGAAUCGAAGUUUCUGGCUUCAUCAGAGGCAACUGUUGGCAACACUAGCAAAGAUGAUUUGGCAAUGGGCAAGAGUGAGAAUGCUGAAAUUAGUGAAUCAAAGUCCCAGGUUUCACGAGAGGAGAAUAUCAACGAUAAUAACAUGACUGAUGUGAAGGCAAGCCAAGGUGAGCUUGCUGAAUCUCAUGAGUUAAUAAAGUUACUAGCUUCAUCAGCGGUGACUGUUGGCAAUGCUACCAAGGCUGAUAUGCCAAUGGGCGAGGGUGAGAAUGUGGAAAUUGAUGAAUCAAAGUCUAGGGCUUCGGCAGAGGAGAAUAUCGGCCACAAUGAUAUGACUGAUGUGCAGGCUAGCCAGGGUGAGAAUACCGAAUCUCAUGAAUCGAAGUUGCAGGCUUUGUCAGAAAAGGCCAUUGGCAACACAGGCCAGGAUGAGAAAGCAGAAACUUCUGAUUUAAAUACGCAGGCUUCACUGGAGGGAACUACUGAUCACACUGACAAUGCUGAUAUGGAGACAAGCUGGGGUGAGAAUGCCGUAACUAGAGAAUCAAAGUUGCAGGAUCCAUCAGAGGAGAUUGUUCGCGACGCUAGCAAGGCUGAGAACAAAGUGGCGCACAAAUCAAAGCUGCAGGAUGCUUCAGAAGAGGUUAUAGACCACGCUAACAAGACUGGUACACAGGUGAUCAAGGAUGAGGGUGCCAAAUGUAAAGAAUCAAAGUUGCAGACUUUCUCAGAGGGGACUGCCGGCAAUACUAGCCAGGCUUAUGAGCAGGCUGAGAACAGCAAAACAAAAGAAUCAAAGCCAUGGGAAUCAUUAGAUGAGACUAUCGGCCAAAUUAAUGAGGCUGAUAUGCAAGUGAGCCAGGGUGAGAAGGAAGAAGCUAAAGAAUUGAAGUUGCAGGUUUCAGGAGAGGAGACUGCCGAAACUGAAAAAUUACAGGCUGCAUCAGAUGAAACUAUCGACAAAACUAACAAGGUUGAUACCCAAGCAGGCCAGGGUGAAAAUGAUGAAGCUAAAGAAUCAAAUCUUGAGGCUUCAGCAGAGGAGACUCUUCGCGGCAAUAACAAGGCUGAUGAGGGUGAGAAUGCUCAAACUGAGAAAUUACAGGUUGCAUCAGAGGAUACUACUGACAGCGGUAACAAGACUAAUGCGCAGGGAGCCGAGGGUGGAAAUUCUGCUACGGAAACUGCAAAUGUACGGAGUGGAGAUUCUACUGCAAUUGCUGAACAGUAGAGUAACUUAUUGUUACUAGUCUCCAUCAUCCUCCUGAUCGAGAAGAAGGAUGUGUUGUAUUAUGAGAUGUGAUGUACGUUUAUAUGCAGGUGUAUAGAUACAGUUCUAUCCUAAUCCAUUUUAGUUAGGUAGAAAUGAACAUGACGUUGGAUGUGCAGCCAACUAGCCAAGUUAUAUAUCUUAAAAUUUAGUGAGGAAUUUAAGUCAUAAAUCUUGUAGAAUGUUUUUACCCCCUCUAAACUUUUGGUAUUUCUAAGUCAUGCUCGCGUAUUGUUCCGUAGCGAGGAUGUUAAUGAUCCGCGCGCGACAUGCGGUGCUUGUAUGUAACCGGGGAGCAGGUAUCUUUAACAAUAAAAGAAGUCGGUCUUUCUUUUUCUUGGA